AUCUCAUCAUCAUCACAGCCUCCACCUUCAUCACCAGUAAUCACCAAAGCAGAAGGGUUCGGCAGCUACCAGAAAUGGGGAAAAGAUGAAGCAGAUCUAGCCAGUAAUCACGGAAGCGAAGCAUUCACUGAAUCUCCAACCCACCGGCGACAGGUUGAGGAAGACGUUCGCGGUGUGCGACGUGUAGCGUUCGUCGUUCGUGAUGAAGAAGGAGAACAGAAACAGAUCUGCAAUCGAAAAUCCAUUGUUUUUUUUUUUUUUUAGUUUGAACUUAGGUGUACCAGUCAUAUUUCGGUGUGCCGGCCGGUACACAAAAUUCCGGCCGGUAUAUCGGAUUUUGACCGAAACGAUCGAAUUUUGACCAAAACAAAAUUUGAUGUUGUACCGUUUCGGUCAAGUGUCAAAACCGGUACGUACCGACCAUACCGGCCGGUACGGUAUGGGAUUGACUUCUUUGAUGGCAACACUAAAGGGAGAAAGCUGUGUCCGAGGUGUCCGACAACUAUACGACCAGCGAGCGGAAGGUGCUGAAUACCGUUGCUCUCACCACAUGGGUGCUGCAAGACUAGCCGCCUUCUUUAGCUCGAUCCACAAAACCACCCCACGUUAUUUCCCACCUCCUCCCUUCACUGCGCUAGCUCUGCUAUCUCUUCGGCAUUGAAAAAGCCUUAGUGUCCAAGUUAUACCUACCAUUCUAUGUAAAUGGCUUUAGCUUUGUCGAAAUAGGUUGAACCAAAUGCUAAUAUUUUUAAGUAAAAAUUGAUUCAUUGA